UAGAAUCCGAAUCGAUUCCUGUGGCGACGCGCUUCCCGGAGCUCGCCAUUAGGGGUCCCCUGCCCGGCUCCGCUUCAGACAUUCUCCUCCCUUUCCUUCCCACGUGGUUGCAGAUGGCCGCGUCCACAGCCAGCCGGGAAGAGCUUUGCGCGCUGUAGGGGAGAGGCGGGAAGAAAUUGCCUGGCUCACUCGAGGUGAUUGUGGCAGGGGAAAAGAUCUCCAAAGCCUUUGAGCCGUGAGUUGUCUCCUGACGGAAACUGCAGACCCCAGCCAUGGCUGAAGGGGGCGCCGGUGGGAACCAGCCUCCCCGUGAGCCUCCCCAAAACCUUCAGGGCUUGCUGCAGAUGGCAGUCAUGGCAGGGAAUGCUGAGUCCGCCCCGCUGGAGCCCAUGUCCAAUGAGCGGAGGCAGUGGCUGCAGGAGGCGAUGGUGGAGGCGUUUCGGGGCCAAGUGGACGAGAUAGAACAGAUGAAGGAGUGUUUGCGGGUGUUGGAGGCAACAACGCCUGGAACGGGAAGCCAGGAGAGUUUGGAGGACGCCCAUUCAGACCGGGCAAACAGAGAGGAAGCGUUGGAUCUUCUGGCAGAGUUGUGUGAAAACCUGGAUAAUGCUGCGGAUUUCUGUAAACUGGAGGGCAUGCGGCUUCUGGCCCACCGCUAUUUGGAGCACGAGGAGGAGGAGCUGCGCUGGCGAGCGGCCCACCUGGUGGGCACCUGUGCCCAAAAUGUGCCCAAGGUGCAGGAACAAGCUUUGGCACUGGGCUGCAUGAGGAAGCUCUUGCGGCUACUGGACCACGAUCCCAGCGAGGCCGUCCGAAUCAAAGCGCUCUUCGCUAUCUCCUGCUUGGUGAGAGCUCAGGAAGCUGGUCUGCUGCAGUUCCUGCGCCUUGACGGGUUCUCUGUUCUUAUGAGGGCCAUGCAGAGCAAUGUGGAGAAGCUGAAAGUGAAAUCGGCCUUCCUUUUGCAGAACCUUCUCAUUGAUCACCCGGAACAGAAAGAAACACUCUGUUCGAUGGGAAUGGUCCAGCAGCUGGUGGCCCUGAUCCGGACUGAACACAGCACUUUCCACGAACACGUCUUGGGAGCCUUGUGCAGCCUGGUGACAGAUUUCCCUGAGGGGGUCCAAGAGUGUCAACAGCCAGAACUGGCCCUUGAGGAGCUGCUAAAAGAGCGGUGCCAGCAACUGAAGGAGCAGGAGGAGUUCCAGGAGGAGCUGGAUUUCUGUGAGACUUUGCUACGCCUUUGCUUUCAAAGCCAACCUGAUGAAAACAACAUGGACCGGUAACUUGGCUUCCCGGACCCUUGUUCGACACUGUUGGAAGCUCUCGCUUAUACUUGGAGCGCUGUCAGUUGGAAACACUUUAUGGAAACGCCCGUGUUUAUCCUACAUUCACUGGAGGAACUGGAGGUGUCUCUGUAGUGAGAGAGAUGGCUUGUUAGCCUCACGAUUGGCAGGAAGACACUUUCAUAAGCUGUCACUGUGUAACUUCCUCUUCCUCACCCUGCAGAACCGUUCCUCGGCCGCGGUUCCGCUGUCCGUCUAGCCUCACCCAAAUCGUUCACAAACAGGUAGCUGAGCAGCCAUCGUUGGGACGUGGCUCUGAAAAUCCCCCCUGUUUAAUUGGUAAAUGAAGCCGGUUCCUACAGAUACACGUCUCGUUUGUCAAAGAUGAGAUCGUUAUCGAGGUGGGGAGGGUUGCAUGCCUUUAUUUCCUGUAUCUGAAAUUGUGGCAAAAGCAGAUGGGGGUUAAUUGCCCUGUGGAGAAAGGGCACUGAAUUGCCACUGCAGGGCCCAGAGUGCUUGAGGGAGCUCUUCUCCACAGCGACAAGGCUUUGGAGAGUGUCAGCAUGAAGGAUCCAGAUCUACUCUUGUGGCUGCAAUUGCCAGAGAGACGACAGGGCUUUGGAUCUGCUCUUCACCUCGAUGGACAAUAAUCGGUGUCCCUUUGUUCCCUCAUUGGCUUCUCUCCUCUCGGUGUAUCCCAGCAGCCUCCGCCAUUCCCACCGCUCUGCUGUUGCUGUGUUUGCUUACUCCUUAUUUUUUUAAAGAAACAACAGGUUUCUGGUUUUGAGUGAUAAGUCUGGCAUGUUUCAUUUUUUCCU